AUGUGGUCGAAGUCGAUUUUUGUCUUUGUGGCGUGUCUCUAUCAAUCAAUCAUUGCUCAUUGUAAGAUCAUCACUCCUGAUGAUGCCAAUGCUCUUCAAUCGCUUAUUCUCUCUGCUUAUAAUACGGAUAAACUUGAUUCAAUUACUUUGACGCCAGGUAUUUAUCGUAUACCAUUCAAUGAUCAACCAAAUUCCAAUAUCAUUCUUUCUUAUCUACGGAAUUAUGUUAUCAAUGCUCAAGAUGUUACUCUUUUGAUGCUAGACAAUCGAAAACGAGGUAUCACCUUUUACAAUUGUUACAAUGUCACUGUACGUGGAUCGUUGAUUAUUCGAAAUGAUGUCAUUCCAUUUACACAAGGUACAAUCGAAUCAAUCCACGCAAAUUCAUUUAUUCUUAAUAUUCAUGAUGGUUAUCCAACUACAUUGGAUGAUUCAACAUAUUUUUCAAUUGAAACACCGUAUUAUAUAUUUGAUCGGCAUACACAUAGAUUGAAAGAUAAAACUUUUGAUUAUUAUAAUCGAAAUGUUACUCGAAUAGAUAGUCAUCGAUUUCAAGUUACAUUUUACAUUACUCUGGGUGCAGAAAUAGCAGUUGGUGACUUAGUUUCUAUGCGUGGCAAAGGUAAUAUGGGCAUAUUGACUGAAGUUUCUGAAAAAAUGCAUUAUGUUGACGUUAUUGUUGAAUAUGCUGGAUCUAUUGCAUGGUUUGAAAUGGAAGGUAUGGGUAAUAAUCGAUAUGAAAGAAUAAGUGUUCGACCUGGACCUAAACCCCUAGGUGCAACUGAAGAACCAUUGAUGAGUGCUAAUGCUGAUGGAUUCCAUUCUUCUAAUGUUUUUCAUGGACCAACUGUGAUUAAUUCAUUUUUUACUCAAAUGCCUGAUGAUGGUAUUGCCAUACAUGGAGAAUAUCAAAUAAUUCGACAAGUUAAUGAAAAUAUUAUAAUUAUAAUGAGAAAAUAUUCUUGGUUGUACUAUCGAAUCAAUGAUCGCGUUGUUAUUAUGGGCGAAGAUGGCGUACCAAAAGGUGAAACUCGUGUUCUACGUAUACGAACAUUACCGAUGGAUUAUUUACCUUUGAUAACACCAACAUGGCCACAUUUUCAAAAUCAUCAUUAUUACUAUGAACUUGAAUUAGAAACAAAUUUGAAUGGAACUAUUGUUUCAAAUGACUUCAUUUCAGAUAUUGAUCGAACAGGUUCAGGUUAUGUUUUACAAGGAAAUACAAUUCUUAAUCAUCGAGCACGUGGAAUACUAGUUAAGGCUCGUGAUGGACUUAUUGAAUCAAAUCUAAUUAAUGGUAGUUCAAUGGCUGCUAUUGUCAUGCAACCAGAGCUGUGGUGGGCUGAAGGAAACUAUGCUGAACAUGUAAUUAUUAGAAAUAAUACAUUAAUGAAAUGUGGUUAUGCAACAAGUGAUCUAUCAACUGAACAAGCGGGUGUUUUAACAAUUUUCGGAACAGGAAAAUCACAAGUAGCUUAUGGACAUGAUACAAUAACGAUUGAAAAUAAUUUGUUUGUAGAAAAUGAUGGUGUACACAUGAUACUGGAUGGGUUACAGAAUAGUGUGGUAAAAGGAAAUCGCUUUUACAAUGGACAACAUAAUGUGAAUGAUCGUGGUAGUAAUUAUGGUUGGGAUGGUGGAGUAUUAGUUUAUGUUAAUCGAGCAAAGGCAAUAACAUUACAAGGAAAUCGAGCAUGGUGUUUGGGUAGUGCUCAUAAAAGACGUUUACAAAUGACGUAUCUAGCUACGCACAUUACUGGUAGUCUGGAUGGAGUGAUUGUCGAAAGUCAUUGUUAA